CUUUUUUCCCAAUUCCCGGCAGUUUCAAAUAAGCCAAUGCAGCUGAAGGAAAAAAAAUGCUAAAAUAGAAAGUCCAUCAUAAAAAUGAACCGCACAAAUUCCUUUUAGAGGCGUGUGCAGAGCCGGAAAUCGGAGCAAACGUGGUCCGGCACAAAAGGCAAUCAUGAAGUGUGUGUUACCCAAGUUCGUUUUCCGCUUGCUUCUCCACCACCUGCUAUUGACAAAACUUUGUUGGCUCCACGGCGUAUACGCGACUUCAGCCAGCUGCCACGACAGCUAUAAUGGUUUCAAUGUCUUUCCCAAUGGCAGUUCCGAUCUGCGCCCCGACCCCAAUCCCACCGACGUGUCAUCGGGUCAAGCGCCACCGCCGACAUUGACAUUGCCCCCGUGGAAGUGUUGCUGCUGGAAUGCAACUAAUCAAAGCGAGGAAGCGGAGUGUCGCUGCGAGGGGGAGGCGCUCACCCGAGUACCACAAACACUAACGAUGGCCAUGCAGCGACUGACAAUUGCGACGGCGGGCCUGCCUCGCCUUCGCGCCACGGGCCUGAAAGUCUACGCCCAAACCUUGAUGGAUGUCGCCUUCACCGACUGCUUACAGCUGGAAUUGAUACAAGAUGGGGCUUUCGCUAAUUUAAAGCUCCUACGCACAAUCUACAUUGCAAAUGCUCCCAAGCUAACCUUUCUAUCCAAGGACGUAUUUUUCGGAAUUUCGGAUACUGUGGAAAUAAUACGCAUCAUAAACAGUGGACUCACCAGGGUUCCGGAUUUAACACAUCUACCACCCUACAAUAUUCUGCAAAUGAUCGAUCUCGAUAACAAUCAAAUAACUAGAAUAGAUGCAAAAUCUAUUAAAGUAAAAACUGCACAAUUAAUUUUGGCAAACAAUGACAUUAGCUAUGUUGACGACUCGGCGUUCUGUGGGUCGAAGAUAGCAAAACUCUCUUUAAAAGAAAACCGAAAACUAAAGGAAUUGCAUACCAAUGCCUUCCAUGGAAUCAUCGAUAUAACAGAAUUAGAUUUGUCCAGUACAUCGAUUGUUGAAAUGCCCUCUGCAGGACUCCAAACAAUCGAAGCUUUGUACAUACUUAACACACACACUCUGAAGACGAUACCCUCAAUAUAUAAUUUUAGAAACCUACAAAGGGCUUACCUUACCCACUCUUUUCAUUGUUGUGCUUUUCAAUUUCCAUCACGGCAUGAUCCUCUGCGACAUGCUCAGAGGAUGGAUGAAAUUGAAAAGUGGAGGACACAGUGCAAAGGUGAACGAAUAUCUCGAAAAGAGAGAAGUAUACUUAACAAUUUAAAAAGUCAAUCGGACGGUUAUGGUAUAUUUGGCUCAGAAGCAUCGCCUACAGACGUAGUUUCUACGCAAUUCGCCUCCGUUGAUUACAUGGCCGAUGCGGCUAUGAACCUAGGAUACUUCCAUGAAGAAAUAACCCUUAAUCCGGACGAUGAACAAUUCGCUGAGUUUUGUGGCAAUUUUACAUUUAGAAAACCAAAUGUGGAGUGUUAUCCCAUGCCAAAUGCUCUUAAUCCGUGUGAGGACGUUAUGGGUUACCAGUGGCUACGAAUUUCCGUAUGGGUUGUGGUGGCUCUGGCUGUUGUUGGAAAUGUAGCAGUGCUGACUGUUAAUCUAUCGAUAAGGCCUGAAAUAACACCUGUGGCACGCUUCCUAAUGUGUCACCUGGCGUUUGCGGACCUAUGUUUGGGCCUCUACCUCUUUUUGGUGGCCUCCAUCGAUGCACAUUCCAUGGGGGAGUAUUUCAACUACGCUUACGAUUGGCAAUAUGGGUUGGGUUGCAAAGUUGCCGGUUUUCUCACUGUAUUUGCCAGUCAUCUGUCGGUGUUCACGUUGACCCUGAUAACUAUCGAACGCUGGGUGGCCAUAACCCAGGCCAUGUAUCUGAAUAAACGCAUUAGAUUGCGCUCUGCGUCCAUAAUUAUGUUAGGUGGUUGGAUUUACUCGAUGGUCAUGUCCUCGCUGCCUUUGUUUGGUAUUAGCAAUUAUUCCUCGACCAGCAUCUGUUUGCCGAUGGAAGUUCGAGAUUCUUUCGACACGGUGUAUCUGAUUGCCAUUCUGGGAUGCAACGGAGUAGCCUUCUUCAUCAUUGCCGUGUGCUACGCCAAAAUUUAUUUGUCUUUGGGUCGGGAGACACGUCAUGCACGUCAAAACAAUCCUGGAGAGUUGAGCGUGGCUAAGAAAAUGGCUCUUCUGGUAUUUACAAAUUUUGCUUGUUGGUCACCAAUCGCAUUUUUUGGACUAACGGCAUUGGCCGGCUUCCCGCUAAUCAAUGUCACCAACUCAAAAAUUCUGCUUGUGUUCUUUUACCCAUUGAACUCCUGCGCAGAUCCCUAUUUGUACGCCAUAUUAACAGCUCAGUACCGACAGGAUCUAUACACAUUGUUGAGCAAAUUGGGCUUAUGCCGGAAGAAUGCUGUAAACUCUAAGGACAACUCCUCUGGAAUGGGUACAACACGAUUCACGAUACACCGACAUUCCUCCCUCACCUGUAGAAUACCACCCGCUCUAGAAGUGGAAACCCAGAAAAUGUUGACUUGCAACGAAGAUUAUGUUUAAAUUAAAGUUUAUGUAUUUUAAUUUGCUGUUUUCUCCUGAUGUGAUAUAUCUAUAAACUAUAAAUUACUAACCUAGCUAUCUGUUUAAAUUAUGAAUUUCAGUAUUGAUGUUAAUUUAAACCUAUAAGAUUGUUAAACAAUCCUUGUCAUAAGUAUUUAGUUUACGACUCAUAGUUUAAUGUAAAUAUACCUAAACUAUACCCAAUAAGAAUGGCUAGCUACACG